GGACAUAAUCUACAUGGUGCAUGAUUUGUGUAGUUGCGUUACAAUAACCUCACAAUUAUGACUAACGAACCUGACCCUCACCGAAUGUGGUGUGACCUUAAAGCCUACAUUGAUAAAAAGCCACCAGAUACCUGUUCUGCUGCAACACAGGAUGAGUAUUUUGUAGGAAUCCAGAGUAGCUUUGUUCAGUUAAUCACACGUUUUCCUCUUUUCACCGUUGAACAUAAAAUAGAGCUAGAAAUGUGGAAUGUUCUGUAUAAAACUCAAAUUAACUCACUACAGUCGUUGUUAAACCAACGUUUAUCCGGUACCGGAAACAGUGGAUCUCUUAAAUGUUCUACUAUGGAGCUCAAACUUCGAUUGGUUUUAUUGUUAGAUCGUGCUUCAGGCAUCUAUUUCAAUCUUAUCUACCAAUUACUUCAACCAAUUUCUGAACUUCCAUGGCCUAAAGUGAUACUGGGUAUCCUUGCGAGCGUCGACGGUAUCUUAGACUCAGAGAAUAAUAAGAAGGGGAAACAUGUUUCCGAUUACCUUGAUCUAGAUCUGGCAACUUUUUCUGCCAACAAAGUAUGCAGUAAAAGAAUGAAAGAUACUGAAUCAAACAAAUUUCUAUCAAUCACACAAGAAUCAGACACAAAUGUUAUUGUACCACGUAUACUAUCUAGAGGUGAUCGACUUCCGUCAGAGAUUAUGACAGUUUCUUCAAGUGUAGAAAACAGUAAAAUCAGCGGCCAAGAUAUGAAAUACCCCGACGAAAUAGAAAACGAAAAAGAAAAAAUUAAUGUGAUUAUUAACCAAAGUUCUAAUAUUCACUGUUUGGAUCAAGAAGCAGCUGUUAUUUACCUAGUACAUCACUGUUUAGUUCAUCUUGGAGAUAUUGCACGGUACCGUCAACAGCCAAAUGUUGCCGCUGGUUAUUACCUUUGGUCUUGGGUUGUACACCCUGAUUCUGGUCAUUCUUUCAACCAGUUAGCUAUUUUAGAAGCAACUAAGCCUUUACCUAGAAGAUGUAUGGAUGCUUUAUUUUAUUACUAUAUACGUGCACUAGCAUGUCUACAUUCAUUUCCUGCUUCUAUGAAUAAUUUAUCUAAUGUAUUGUUGGACUAUUACAAGUCAUUUGAGUUAUCUUCUAUAUAUUUUAAUGAUAAUAAUAAUCAUGAGAAACUACCUACCGAUUCAACGAAAGAUGUAAUAUUAAGUGCAAAACGCUGGCCAAAAUUUACCAAUCAACAAAUACGAACACUUAUACAGUUUUAUGCAGCACUCCAUUUGCAUACAGAUCCUGUCAAACUGAUAAAAAUGGCUGAUGAUCUUUUCGAAAAUAUGAACAACUGGAAUAGAGUAGAAUUGAACAAAAAUCAGUUGAUACGUAUAUUGUGUAUACAUUUCUAUUUAACUGAUCAAUACUUAUCAGACACGAAAUCAAAUCUAUCAUCAUUUCAAAAAAUAGAUGGAAAAUCUUUUAUGCUGAAUGAAUAUCAAACGGGCACCGCUCUACUCUUAUGUUUAACGAUUUAUUUAAUUAAUUGGAUUACUUCAAGUAUAGUUGGUAUUACAUCAAAAAUAGUAUCAUUAAAUAAACAGAUUUUAAGUACCAUACCAAAUGAUGAAACAAUCACCAAUGUUAGUAACAAUGACGAUGUCAACAAUGAUAAUAGUAAUAAUUCGAUCAAUAAGGAUGAUAAUUCCACCUUACUUGUUUCUUCGACUGCAAACAUUAAUCCUACUUCUAAUGAUAAUAAUAAAAUUGACAUAGCAGCAUGUAAACUGGAAUUAUUAAUCGCAUUGAAUUUAUUAUUCCUCUGGUUUCGGUCAAAUCGCUUCACUGAGAUUAAUGCAGGGAAUAAAUCAUCUUAUCAACUGACGGAUAAAUUAUUUCAACUAUUAACUCCUACAUUCACUGAAAAUACAGUGUACUUUUUAAACAAUUUACUUAAACACUAUCAGCCGUUAUUACGUAAUGUCGAUAAUCAUAAUGUUAGGCAAAAACAACCUACUAAUAUACCUGUACAAGUAAACAACAACAAUGAAAAUACAAAUGAUAAUGUUAAUAGCAAAAUAAUCGAUGCUGAUAUUGUUGAAGGAGAACGUGAAAAUUCUUUUCUCAUUGAAAAACAUGUCGAUCCUUGUGAUGAUAGCAACCGUGAGAGUGAAGUCCAUAACAUCACUCCCAUAGAUUGGAUUCGUUUGAUGAAGCUGCCUGAAAUGAUCGUAUUACAAGGUUUUCAACCACUUCAUAUACCAACACAACGUUCAUUAUGUAGUUCAUCAACAGAUUACAAUCCUGUACAUCCAUUCCUUCUUGAUUUCUCUAAUGAUAAACUAGAUGAAUUAAUAAUUCCAAACAACGAAAAUAUGCACGAAACUAGUGUUCCAAAGCCCAAAGAAGUUGGAUUGGAACGUGUCCUGUGCCUGUUAACAUCCGCUCGAUAUGUAGCUCUAAUGUUCCCAUCCCUGGUAAAUUGGAUUCCGAACUUUAGAGAUAAAAAUCCAGAUUCUACAGAAACAACUGUCUGGUUUGGUUCAUUCUGUUACAAAAGUCAUUCCUCAAGCAAUUUAAAAGACAUGUUCAGUGUACUUAACAAACCUACAACUAUUACUGCUAUUAAUAGUAAUAUUAAAGAGACUCAGUCAAAUAAGACAACUUUAAAUAGCUUUGAAGAGCUACGUUACACCGACACUAAUCCUGUGCAUUUUAACGCUGUGCUUAACAAUAAUGAACAAGUUAAUCCUGAAGAGUCUGACACACAAAAACCGAUAAACUUUGAUAUGUUGAAUCCUAAUCUGCCUGAAUCGGCUCCUCCUUGUGGUAACGGCAAUGAACAAUUAUCUAAUAUCCCUGUAACUAUCCAUCAUAAAACAAUAAAAACUAAUUCAAUAAAUAAUCAAACCACAGAAUCAUCAUCUCCCGAAGUAACUACAUCAGACGAUUUUGUAGUAUCGUCAACUACAUCAUCACUACCUUCCUCAUUACUAUCUCAUGUUGGGACCUCUGGUGGACUUAUCAUGAAUGCAGAGUUAGCUAAAUUUAUUCAAGAACAAGCCAGCCAGGUUGCAGCUAGACAACAACGAUUCAAUAUGUCUACUAAUUCCAUUAUUAAUGACGACCAACAACAACUGGAUCCCACCGGAGCAUCCAUACCCACUACUGUUUGUGGAAAUUCAGAUGUUGGUUCUCCAAGAGGAAAUUUACCUAUGCCAGGAGUAGGAGGAGUAGAAACAUCUUUAUCAAGACUAAGCUUAAGCGCAACAUUCAAACGAAAUCUGCCACCAAGAUAUGCUAAAUUAUUACAAGCAAAAGAAUUACAAGAAAAAGAGGCUUUAAAAAGUCGAUACGGUCACCAAACGCAGAAAGAGUUAAGCUCAUCCCUACUGCCACUUGACAAACCUGCUCCUUUAGCACGUAAAGAAUCGGAAGCACCCACAGACCUUAUUUGUUUAUUAUCAUCAUCUGAUGUAAACCCAGUUGUACUACAACAUCUUCAUGAACAGCAUAUUCAACAACGGCCUCAAUGGUUUUAAAUUAAUUCCAUGAAUUACGAAGAGAAAAUUAAGUAAAUGACAAUGACAACAUUAACACCAAGAUCUUAUUGAAGAAAAAGAAAUAGUAGUGGUAGUAAGAGGAACAGAAAAUUCCAAUGAAUUUAUUUGGAAUGUCUUCAACAUCAACAAUCCUGAGAUAUUAUUAUUUUGCACUAUUCUCAAAAAAAAACUAGUUCAAUGCCAUUGUAUAAGUUUGUUGAUUCGUAUGUUUUGUCGUUUUAGAAAACAAUUAAAUACUAAGCUGUAUAUUGUAAUAAGUUAAGAUAGAAUUGCUUGCUUCCUGUUUUGUUAUUUUGUACUGUAUUUUUUAGAAUAAUGAGAUUUAUUUCAA